AUGGGAGAUCUAGGGGAUGUCGCACAGCUUGAUACAGCGGAGCCCAAUGAAACGGGCUCAGCGCGCGCGGAAGCCGAGCCUAGGGAGUCGAGGAGGCCCACCGUCCUGUUAGUUCUCGCCGGCGUUCAUGGCGACCUUUCCACCCCGGCAUGGCAGCGCACCCGGCACAACUUCAAUACGAUCCAAUACGACUGUCCUUCUGUUGACGAGUUCUGCCAGCGUCUCCAGCCCGGUGGCCCGUAUAGCAACAUCGACGCCAUUUUCCGGACCGGCUGGCUCAAAUCUGGCCCAUACAGCCAACACUUGCUCUUUCGCGGAGAACCAUUGUCUCUCUAUCCACCCACACUGAGAUACAUUGGCUGCAGUGGCCACGGCUACGAUGCCGCGGACAUCGAGGCGCUCACGGCGCGGGGCAUCGCCUACGCAAACACACCCAACACCAACACUGAGGCGGUGGCCAACACGGCCUUACACCUGAUCCUCAACACGUACCGCUACUUCACCCUGGCCGAGCAUCACACCCGCAACGACGAGGGCUGGACCACAGGCAGAGAGGUCGGCGCUAUGGCUGUCGAUCCGACUGGGCAGGUGCUCGGCGUGGUGGGCAUGGGGUGCAUCGGGCUAGCCAUAGCCAAGAAGGCUGCGGCUGCCCUCGGUAUGGAAGUUCACUACCAUAACCGGAGAAGGAGGCGUGACGCUGAGGGGGAGAUUCUAUCACCUGACGGGACGAGGCCCGGAGCAACCUUCCACGACACGUUUGAGAGCCUGCUCGAGGUUGCGGAUUGCAUCUGCCUGGCGUGUCCCUUGACUGACGACACCAAGCAUCUGAUCUCUGCCGCGGCGCUUGGUCGGAUCAAAGAGAGAAAGAUCAGGAUUGUGAAUAUCGCUAGAGGCGGGCUCAUCAACGAGGACGAUUUGCUGGCGGCGAUGGACAGGGACCAGGUUGUCGGUGUUGGGUUGGAUGUCCAUGCCCACGAGCCGGGAAUCAACCCGAAGCUGAAAAACAACUUCAAGGUGACGGUUUUACCACAUAUUGGAGUAGCUUCCCAGACCAGCUGGAAGAAUUUCGAUGAGGUGGGCCUAAGAAAUUUGAACGACUUCUUUUUUGGCGACAAGAGGAAAGUGACAAGCGUUAAUAAAGUAUAG